UUCCUCUUGGUAGUUAAAAACUUGCUCCAACUAAACUAGACUUUAGUUUCGAGUUUAGGUAAAAUUUUGAUCGGAAACAGGGAAGGGUCGAGGAUGGAUGUUAUGAAGAUAAAAUGGAAGAAAAACAUGAUAUCCAGAGUAUGGGAGAAAUGCUGUUCAUUCCAGAAGAGGAAGUCUAAUGUCCUGACGAAGAGCAAGUCAUGGCACGGAACUGACACGAGAUCAUUAUCGGAACAGAAAAAGAAGCGUCAGGCCGUGGCACCAGAAGGUUGUUUUUCGGUCUACGUGGGACCGGAAAGGCAGAGGUUUGUCGUUAAGGCGGAGUUCGCAAACCAUCCGUUAUUCCAGAUGUUGCUAGAAGACGCGGAAACGGAAUAUGGGUUUAGCAGCGAAGGUCCCAUCUUGCUUCCUUGCGAUGUGGAUUUGUUCUACAAAGUUCUGGCGGAGAUGGACAGUGGAGAAGAAAUCAAUACUCCUCUUUGCACCUUUGCUAAGGGAUACAGUCUCUUAGUCCUUCGCAGUCCUCGCCGCCAGAAUUUCAGUAAUAACGAGGCUGGUUAUGGAUCGUAUCGGAUUCUUAGUCCAUCUCGAUCGCUCAAAUUGAAUCCAUAAUGAACAGGUUUUUCUUCCCCUUUUUUUUUUUUUUUUUUUGUUAACGAACAUAAAGAGUAGGUAGAAUU